GGCGGAGUCUCAGCAGUCCUGGCAGGGCCGCCAUUUUUGCAAAGGGAAUAGAGACUGGUUUGAGGGGAUCUAAUUUCUAAAAGUCGCCGUUGACUGGGACUCAGUUUUUAACGGUUUAGAUCGUUUUGUUGUCACGUUAUCUUAAAAGAAGAGCCACGCGCUAUUUGUAAUAGGGAAUAAAUCUAUAGGGAUAACAUUCAGAUACAAACAUUUUAAACCUUGGCCAAGAAUCCGCAGUGUGGACUGAAGUAUUGUUUUGGUUGUGGAAGCUGCGACGGGGGUCUUACCCAGAUCCCCCUAUUCGCUUUUUACGUCUUCCAGUGUGGACUUAAAACGGCCUUGUGGAUGCACUUAGAUGUCUGCAAUGACUGCUGUGGCUGGCAUGCCUCAGUGCUUUGGACCUUUCUCUGGACUCAGUAGGACAAGAACUGAUCAGCAGAGAACGUCAUGAGCAUAGUCUUCCCAGUAGGGGUGGACACAGUAGACACCUCUUACCUGGACAUGGCUGCAGGCUCAGAACCAGAAUCGGUGGAGGCCAGCCCCGUGGUGGUGGAGAAGUCCAGCUACCCGCACCAGAUUUACAGCAGCAGCUCUCACCAUUCCCACAGUUACAUUGGCCUGCCUUACGCUGACCAUAAUUAUGGGGCGCGGCCCCCGCCUACACCGCCGGCCUCCCCCCCACCCUCUAUGUUGAUCCGACAAGGAGAGGGGGGACUGUUUGUUUCAGGGGGACAGGAUGAAGCAUCCAGGGGCACGACACUCAGCACGUCGGAGGAUGGCAGCUACGGGGCUGACGUCACUCGCUGCAUCUGUGGCUUCACCCACGAUGACGGCUACAUGAUCUGUUGUGACAAGUGCAGUGCCUGGCAGCACAUAGACUGCAUGGGGAUCGACAGGCAGAACAUUCCUGAGACCUACCUGUGUGAACGGUGCCAACCCCGUCAUCUGGAUAGAGAGAGGGCCAUCCUGCUUCAGACCAGGAAAAGAGAGUGCUUAUCUGACGGGGACACCAGUGCUACAGAAAGUGGAGACGAGGUUCCUCUAGAGCUCUACUCCACCUUCCAGCACACGCCUACCACCAUCACCCUAACAACCGGGCGCCUUGGCAAUAAGCAGACGGAUAAGAAGCGUAAAAAGAGCGGUGAAAAGGAGCCACCAGCAUCUUCUGCUCGAGCUAAGAAGGCAUUCAGAGAGGGAUCCAGGAAGUCCUCCAGAGUAAAGGGUGCAGCUCCAGAGCAGGAGCCAACAGAGCACCCAUCUCUGUGGGAGAAUAAAAUCAAGACGUGGAUGGAGCGAUACGAGGAGGCCAGCAGUAAUCAGUACAGCGAAGACGUUCAGGUCCUGUUGCGUGUUAAAGAGCAAGGCGACGGCAAGAGUCUGGCAUAUAACACGCACCCAGCCUCUUUUAAACCCCCGGUGGAGAGUCAAGUUCAAAAGAACAAGAAAAUCCUCAAGGCAGUGCGGGACCUGGCCCCGGACUCCCUCAUCAUUGAGUACAGGGGGAAGUUCAUGCUUCGACAGCAGUUUGAGGCCAAUGGAUACUUCUUCAGGAGGCCAUACCCGUUUGUGUUAUUUUACUCCAACUUUGAUGGAGUGGAGAUGUGUGUCGACGCACGCAGCUUUGGCAACGAAGCCCGUUUCAUCCGCCGCUCCUGCACCCCCAACUCCGAAGUACGACACGUCAUCGAGGAUGGCAUGCUUCAUCUAUACAUCUAUUCACUGAGGCCCAUCGCCAAAGGCACAGAGAUCACCAUCGGUUUUGAUUUCGACUACGGCAGCUGUAAAUACAAGGUAGACUGCGCCUGCGUGAAAGGGAACCCAGAAUGCCCGGUGCUGAAGCACAACCAGGAGCCAACUGAGAACUUGAGUUCUGGAGGUCGACGCAGAGGGAGCCGCAAGGAGUCUGUCCGGGAGGACCAGGCCCAGAACCAGAACAUGGUUUUAGAUGGAGAGGGGAAGGGCAAAAGCAUCGGUGAUGGCAAACAGCGGAAACUCUCUCCACUCCGCCUCUCCAUCUCCAACAACCAGACGCGAGAGGAGAGGAAGAUGGAGGCCAUUCUCCAAGCCUUUGCCCGAAUGGAGAAAAGGGAGAAGCGCAGGGAGCAGGCCUUGGAGAGAAUCGGGACUAAAACAGAAGUUGGUGUGCGUGGUGACAUUAAGGAGGAGCCUCCUGUAACACCAGAGAUGGCAGACUGUCCAGCUGUUAUGCAGCCGCCCAUUGAAAUAAAGGAGGAGCCGGGACUAAAGCCAGCCAAGGUGAAGCCCUCGCGGAACAGGAAGAGUUUCUCCAGGAGCCGGACUCACAUUGGCCAGCAGCGUCGGAGAGCUCGCACCAUCAGCACCUGCUCCGACCUCGCCCCCAACUCUCCAGCCGAAAGCGUGGAGCCUCUGACCAGCGAAGCCCCUGAAGGAGAGGUGCCCUCCGCGCCUGAGCCAGAGGCCAUCGUCUCACAGGUCCCGGACAGCAGCCCUCCUCACAGCAGCUCGCCUGCACCUGAACGAAACCGCUCAGGGAGCAAGAGCUUCAAAACUAAAAAGCACUUUGUGACCGAGUGGGUGGGGGAGAAACAGCAGGAUCGUAGUGCCGUGCGGACACCCGAACCAGUCCCAGAGAGGCCGCUGAGAAUAAGCAGUGACCCCGAAGUGCUUGCCACACAGCUAAACGCCUUACCGGGCAUGACCUGCUCUCCGCAAGUCUACAGCACGCCCAAACACUAUGUCCGCUUCUCGUCUCCAUUCCUGGCAAACCGCAGCCCCACCACUCCCGGAGUACCUACUGGGAGACGGCGGUCGCGAGAGCUGCCAGAAAUGCCACAGACUACGGGCUCCUGUAAAAAGCGAUGGUUGAAGCAGGCGUUAGAAGAGGAGGGGUCCACCAGCCCGGCCAGACGGCCGAGUAUUUUCCUGACUGGUGAUGGGCCUCUCAGCCCCUCCAUUAACGGUGACUCUGACAGCCCUGUACUCUUCAAUGGUUCCUGUUCAACACCAGAGCUACCUACUCCUUUGAAAAAGCGGCGACUGAGUCCCUUGGAUGCCUGCGUAUCUGAGAGCUCAACGCCUUACGGUUCCCCGUGUGCCACGCCCACCCGGACAGAUCAGCCCGACACGCCCAUCCUACUCACCACCCCACCCCGUUCCCGAACAGAGGAGCCAUGUAUGGAGCCCAUUGUUAUUACCCCAACACACACACUUAAUGCUCCUCAGGAGAAUGAAUCUUCAGAGGAAAUCUCGCCCGAAGUCUCCAGGAAACCAUGUGUGCAGGAGGCCGAUCGUCCUCCUUCAUUGGUUUCCUCUCCCUGCGUCAGAGCUCCCAGUUCAGAUGGACAACAAACAGACAUCAAAGUGUCCGUUUCACAGAGUCCCCAGCUUCCAGCCACCGAGGAGGUGGACAGCGGAGAGGAUAGGACAGACGGUAGUGUCUCAGAGGGCACGAGCGAGACCUGUUUAUCUGCAGAGACAUGUGCUUCUUCUUAUCCUGGGUGGAUCAAAAGCCCAGAUAGAGGCCCGACUGGACCAGCUGGCCUGAACUUCUCUCCAGUCAACUCAAACCUAAGGGACCUUACCCCGUCUCACACCCUGGAGCCUCUGGCGGCUCCGUUCAGAUCCGAACCUUCAGCUGGACCUACAGCAGGAGCAGGAUCCCUGGCUGGCACUCAGCCCCCGUUUAGCGAACCCCAAGGUCAGCUGUUUUAUUCCUGCUCUGAUGACCCGGGCUCACUCGGCUUCCCGCGCUCGCUCAACGUGGAAGGUGCUGGUGAGGGAGGGUCCGCACAGAACCCGCCACAGAAGAAAAAGGUUUCCCUGCUGGAAUACCGAAAGCGCCAGCGGGAAGCUCGUCGCAGCGGUUCCAAAACCGAGUGCAGCUCCCCCGUUUCCACUGUGCCGCCUUUGACCGUAGAAGCCUUCUCUGUGGCUCUGGAGCCCGCCCACGAGCCCCCUGCUCCCACAGCUCCCACUGCUCCCAGUAACAUUACCACAGUGAAGGAGCCUCAGACGAGUGAGGAGACGGAGGCAGUCAGAGAGAAAGAAGGAGGAGAUGGACAGUGGACGUCGUCGACGUCUGUAGAGCAGGCCAGAGAACGCAGCUAUCACAGAGCUCUGCUGCUCAGCAAAGACAAAGACACGGAUGGUGAGACAGAAGGAGGAGACACACCUGCGCCGAGGGAGUGUUCAUCUCCGAGUCUCCAAAGAACUCCAACCCACACGCCCUGCUCUCCCGGUCCUCCCGUCCAGCCUUCCAGUCAACCAGCGAAGGAAGAAGACGGAGACGGUCAGCCUUGGACGGCGAAUCCGAACGGCCAGCCUGUUAACAAGCCCGCGGGACCCAAGCCCGCUCCCCUGACCCCCACAAAGCUGCACCCCGCUCCACUGCCCUCCUCGCCUGUCCAUUACCCAGCAUCCUCUCUUCUUCACUCUCCCAAGCCUCAGCCUCAGGGGUCGCCCUACCGCAGCCAGAGAGCGCUGUUUUCAAACCCUCCUCUGAGCCAAACUCCGUCGCAGGCUCAGACGACUCCUUUUCCUCAGUUUAACACCCAGAGUGCUCCACCGCCCCCACCCCCUCCACCACCGGGACCGCCCGCGUCCGCUGCCUAUUUUCCUCCCCAGAACUCCUCCCCUGCUGGACCGUUUCCUGGGUUUAAACCUGCCGUCACACCCCCCUACCAAGCAGGUUCUCAGCCCCUGAUGCAGACUCUGCCCCACAGCGUUCACUAUCAAACCUCAGCUGCUCCUCCCCCACCUCCUCCUCCACCCCCACACCCUAUACCCGGCCCCACCUUGCUGCAUGUCAACCUGCAGCCCCCUUCCAUCCAGCAGCAUCAGCUCAUGCUGACCACUGCGCCCCCUCCACCUCCUCCUCUACAAGGCCAGACAUCCCAGCAGCAGCCUUCCCCCUCCAGCAACCCCCUUUUGUCACUCACCCCUCCCCCACCUCCUCCUCCACCUCCCCCAGUCCCCUCCACCAACCCCAAUCCAGCCCCACCACUAUCAGAACUUAGGGGGGUUCCAGCCUCCAUUGAUGCACCCCAGUGCCACAGCAAGCACUUCAUUACCACCAUCCACGUACCCCCCACCCCUUCAGCAGACCGGACUGCCUCCCCCUCCACCUCCCCCCCCCCAACAGACUCAGCAAGGCCAGGCCCCAGCCACUGCCACCCAUAUGCCCUCUGGGUCCCGCGGAGCUCCUGCGACCUCCUUCCACAGCUCGGGGUACCUGAGCACCGGGUGGCACUGACCACCCUCGCCGCGCCCCUGAGAACUCUGGCUGAGAGGGGCGUGUACCAUAAGCUGUAGAUAUGUUUUCUAUGUACCUGAACACAUGGCCAGUGGAAAAACAGCUGACUGUGGGAUAAAAGGGUACGUUUAAGAAAAUUUAAAAAAAAACAAGAACAGGAUCUUUUUUUUUUUUUUUUUUUUUUAAAGGAAAACAGCAGUUAAAAAUCUUCAAGAGAAACUGUAUGGAGUUAAAGAUGGACUACCCCCCUGGUGCUCAUUGCCCUUUCUGGCCUCCAUUUGUUCUGUUUUUUAUCGUAAAUCCUUCUGGAGCGGAGAUCUGUCGUGUUGUUUCCAGCCCCGUCGUAAUUUCCCACACUUUGUUCAUAAGUGAACAUUCCAGCCUCCCCUCCUCCUCCUCUUUGUCAUUAUUCUUCCUCUCGUCCGCCGUCAGCUCUGUAUACAGUUAACGUUUUAUUCUAGUGGCUCAUUAUAGCGAAGAGAAAGCUUUUUGUAUAGAGAAAGAAAAAAAACAACGCAAUUAUUUUUUUUAAUCCUCUAACAACAGAUAUCUGUUCACCGCUGCAGAUUCAGGAAAGAUCCGAUUAAGGGUGUGUGCCUCGCCGCCGCAGGAGGCUGCGCUCGUGUGUGAGUGUGUGUGUGCGCGCAUGUGUGUGUUUAAAGGAGCAAAAGUUGUGAGAGAUUUUUGUGUAACAAAGGCUUGUAGCCUUCUGAGGUAGGUGGAGUGGUCUCACCUUCUAGUAGGAUAUUAGCGGUUUAUUUUUGAAUAUCAAUGGUUAUUUGUAGAAAGUGUAAUUUAAUGUAUAGGUGGUUACUUCAGCUUUCACCAGAAACAAGUUGUAAAUAUUUGCUUCUUUUCUUUUCUAUGCUUGUAUAAUUCGCUCCCAUCCCAUUUUGAAAUAUGGUUGUAAAUAUAGACGCUCCUCUCGGCAAAGCUGAAUGUUUCUGUGACUGUAGCAUUAUUUUUAUUUUAUUAUUUUGUUUCAUCGACUCUUCAACUUUUGUCCCCUUUUUUUUAUUUGUGUGUGUGUGAGAGUAUGUUUGUGUGGAGGAGAGAGACUCACAGACACUGCACUGGUUGGCUAUUUUCAUGGUUCAUUAUAAUAAAUCACUGUAAUGACAGUUUUA